GCACUCAUAGAAAGUCAUUUACGAAACAUUCAGAACGUGAUUCGUCUGACAAAAGGCAAUCUGGAGGCCCUGAACGCCCGGUUCGCCCACCACCAGCACCCGCCCUCCAUGUAUAUCGCAGAGUACGAGGACCUGACGUUAAAAAGCAAUCUGGAGGCCCUGAACGCCCGGUUCGCCCACCACCAGCACCCGCCCUCCAUGUAUAUCGCAGAGUACGAGGACCUGACGUCCAAACUGAACGAGUUUCAGAGACAGGAGGAGAAGCUGUUGGAACUGAUCGCCGAUUACGGCGACCUCGAGGACUCGCCCAUUGACAUCGAUGGCCACAACUACGAGCUGUUGGCGACCGCCAGUUCCGGGUCCUGCAGUAGUAGUAGUAGUAGUCAACCGCGGACUCCGAAGCUGAAGCCAGUGAUUCGGGCACACCUUCCCAAUCAACAGCGCACUACUGUUCCCGUAUAUCCGGGACAGACAGUACGCGAGGCGUUGGCCAAAGCCAUGAGGAGACGCCGACUCACGCCUGAGAUGUGCUCUGUCUUCAUAUACCACAACAAACAACCCAUCGAAUGGGACACAGAUAUAGCAUUACUGGAGGGACAGGAGAUUUUAGUCGAGACUCGCGAACGGUUCCCAAUCCAGACGAGUAUUUCGCACAAUUAUGUUCGCAAAACAUUCUUCACGUUAGCGUUCUGUGAGUGCUGUCAUCGGUUCCUAUUCCACGGCUUCCGGUGCCAGACGUGCGGCAUUCGGCUCCACCAGCGGUGCGCCAACGCCAUGCCCUCCCUGUGCCAACCACCGCGCACUCAAUCCAAUUACUACCGACACCUCCUGGCGCUCAACGAUCAGACAACACAUCUCUUGAACUCGUCGCAACCGCAGGUCUCAUCUCAACCCUCACAGCCAUCGCAAACUCAUCGCUUGACGCCCUUAGACCAGAGAGAGAGGUCCACUUCGGCGCCCAACGUCUGCUUCAAUCUAGUCUCUCAUAACGAUCUUACCAUCGAUGAGAUCCGUACACUCACUGGCGACUUACAGUGCGUUUAGUAACUUACAUCCGCCCCAUUCCUCUGGUACGAGAGCUACCAGUUCUACGUCGGGAUAUCAGAGCUCCUUAUCUCCGUCUCCAUCGCCCACAACCACCCAAUCGGCCGGCGGUUCGCCGACUGGUAUUCGUCAGCGCUCGCGGCCGAGGGCCCGAUCGGCCGACGAGUCCUCCAAAAAGAUUAGACCCAACUCUGGCGGACGCGAAUCGAUCGAAGACUGGGAGAUACCACUCAAAGAGAUACUUACGGGACCGCGAAUCGGGUCGGGCUCUUUUGGGACGGUAUACCAGGGUCAUUGGCACGGACCCGUCGCUCUCAAGAAACUUAAUGUCACGGAUCCCACACCCGCUCAGCUUCAGG